UGUAGCAGGCCCCCGGUACGGACCCCGCCAGUCAUCGAGGAGGUUAACGGGGAGGAAGAAAGCUGGAGGACCGCGAUCAACAGUGAAAAAAACAUUUAAAAAAAGAAGAGCGCUGGUUUAUGAGAGGCCAGCGGUGCGGGGAUGGAGCUUCCCGACUACGACCGCUAACACGCCCCACAUCGCCGCGAGGAGCCGCGCGGGGGACGUGUAACACUUCAAAAUGACGAGUUUAUUUAUAUUUAUUUGUGUUUGCUGUCCUGGGAGUGUUGCUGCUCCACUGUUUGAGAGGUCCCAGAGACCCGGAUGUCCGCGGACUGUCCCGCAGGAGGCACCGGCGGCUCAGCAUCACUUUACUUUAUGGUCGCGGCGGUGACAGUGACAUGGGCAGCAGAGGUCACGACACGCCGAGAGCUUCUUCCCCCGAACCGCGGAGCAGAGAAUGACUCGGGCGGAUGGAACCGGAGGGACGAGCGAUGCCGCGGAGAAGGUUCGAGAGGCCGCCGCCGCCGACCGGGAGUUCGAAUGCGGAGGCCCGGAGCCGGGAGGCGCGAUCGAGGCUCCGGACGGCGGGUGGGGCUGGGUGGUGCUGGCCGCCACCAUCGUGGUCCUGGCGCUGACCCUGGCCUUUCCCUCCUGCAUGGGCAUCUUCUACACCGACCUGCAGAACGAGUUCCACGCCACCAACAGCGAGACCUCCUGGGUGCCCUCCAUCAUGACCUCGGUGCUCCACGCGGGAGGUCCCUUCUGCAGCGUGCUGGUGGAGCGACUCGGUUGCCGGGCGACGGUCAUGCUGGGCGGCGUCCUGAGCGGGUUGGGAAUGGCCGCCAGUUCGUUCAGCCGCUCCGUGGAGGAGCUCUACCUCACGGCCGGGGUCAUCACAGGUCUGGGUUUCUGCUUCAGCUUCCAGCCCGCGGUGGCCAUCCUCGGCCACUACUUCGUGCGGCGCCGCGCCUUCGCCAACGCCAUGUCGUCCACGGGCACGGCGCUGGGCCUGUGCACGCUGCCCUUCCUGGGCAACUACCUGCACGCGGCGCUGGGCUGGCGGGGCAGCUUCCUGGUGCUGGGCGGCGUGCUGCUCAACAGCUGCGUGUGCGGCGCCGUCAUGCGGCCGCUGCGGGCGCCCGGGCGGCGCCGGGGCCAGCCGCUGAUGAACCACGGGCCGCCGCCGCCGGAGGAGGAGGGCGGCGCCGGGAAGGCGAGCGGGCGGGCGGGACGCACGUGGAGCCGCGUGGCGGCGUUCCUCACCAAACACAUGGCGUUCGACCAGCUGCGCCACAACGCCCGCUACCGCGCGUUCGCCGUCGGCAUCACGUGGACGAUGCUGGGCUUCGUGGUGCCGCUGGUGUACCUGGUGCCGUACGCCACGGCCCACGGCAUGGACCCGGGCCGCGCCGCGCUGCUGCUGUCCAUCCUGGGCCUGGUGAACAUCGCGGUGCGGCCGCCCAUCGGCGUGCUCUUCAGCGCGGCGUGGUUCAAGGGGCGCCACGUCUACGUGUUCGCCUGGGCGCUGCUGGUCAACGGGCUGAGCAACGCCAUCUGCUGCGCGGGGCCCGGCUUCCGCGUGCUGCUGGCCUACGUGGUGGUCUACGGGCUCUCCAUGAGCGUGGUGGGCUCGCUGAUGUACACCGUGCUCAUGGAGGUGGUGGACAUGAGCCGCUUCCCCUCGGCGCUCGGCCUGCUCUCCAUCAUGGAGAGCGUCACGCUGCUCGUCGGGCCGCCGCUGGCAGGCAUCCUGAUCGACAGGACGGGUCAGUACUUCUACGUCUUCAUCGCCUGCAGCGCUGUCGUCACCUCCUCCGCCAUCUACCUCAUUGUGGCGUUCUACUGGCUGGACACGAGGGACAGGAAGUUGUCACAGCGGGAUCAACCGUCCGCGCCGCCCGAACCGGCGAGGCCCGCCGUGGACUUGGCUCCGGGCUGUCAGUACCGCAUCGUUCCCACAGAGGGAGACAAAGACACGGCCUCGGCCGGCGGGGCGGAGAACAUCACCGGCAUCUGAACACGAGGGCGAUCCCCUCAUGUCGGUCUUUGGGGUCAGACCCUACAUACCAAAGUGAACACACGAGCGCUCAACAAGAUGGUACUAUUUAUUGCAAAAAUACUGCUGAUCGUAUUUCUGUGAUCGCAUCACAUAUAUAUAUAUAUAUAUAUAUAUAUAUUCACUGAUAGAGCCAAGUUACACACACGCUCCUUUUAUUAAAAAGUAUAAAAUAAGCGGGAAUAGGAUCGGGUGGAAUCCCAGUGAGUAUAAGUCUAAAGUAUACGUCUGGUUUCAUUAUUCUAUAUUUUUACGACCUGCCUGGCCUCCAAUGUACACCGUGCAAAAUAAUGAGUUUUAUUAAACACAAAUGUUACCUCGUCUCAAAUGAAGCCGAUGAAGAAGUGUCUUAAAAUGUAGCCUUCUCUCGAAUGACCACCAGGGGGCAACUCCUCUGGUUGUAUAGAAGUCUUUGCUUCAUGUCUUAAAGCUAAAUAAUGAAGUACCUUUCAUUCAGUUUAGUGUUCAGUAUUUCCAUUUAAUGCGACUUUAUACUUCUACUUCAUAAUAUAAUCAACACAUACAUGAGAAUGUAUAAUAAUCAAUACUUAUAUACCUACGAGUAAUAUAAUAUGUAUUUUUCUGAAAUGGGCCACCCUGUAUAAUGAGUAUAAUAAUUUGAUGCUACUUUAUAUUUGAUACUGCACUAUAUUUAUGUACGACAUUGAUUAAUAGUUACUGUGCGUAUUCGGAUUGAUAUUAAAUAUAAUAAAUUAGGAUGUAUUAUUUAAUUGGUCUUUUUACGGCGAUCAGAAAUAAAUAGAAUAUCUCCUGACUUAUCAUUUAAUAUCAAUAACUAAAGCCUUUAAUCAGUCGGAAGAGCAGGAUAUAUAGCAAAUGUUGCCUUCUCUCUACUGACCACCAGGGGGCGACUUACAUAUCUUAAAUAUCUUUAAAGUAGAACAAUGUAUUUUCUAUGUGUGGUGAGCACAUCACAUCCAUGUGGGUUGCUUCAGAUCACUGAAUGUAUUUGUGUUCAGUUCAAAAUGAACAUAUACGUACUUUAUACGCAGUGAUUUAUCAUGUUUUUUCUUUUUCUCACGCUUCUCAUUCCUGAAGUGCCUUUUUUCUAUUCAUUUUUUUUUUUUAACCGGUGCUUUUUACGACCCCCGGAUCAGAUCCGGACUCUUUUCAUGAGGAUGGAAGUCGAUGAUUUCAUGUUGCCAGCAGGACGGAGGGUUUCAAAGCCCCCCGGCGAGUUCUAUGACGGAAAAAUUUAACAGCGACGGAAAAAUAAAUCGUAAUUUUUGCAAUGAGAGAAUGUCAUUUUAACAGGCGCAGCUUGCUUUUGGCCAAUUGUAUUACUAUUAUUAUUUUAAUAAAGUCUUUAUUUCUCAAGUAUAAUCGGGGGAAAAAUAAAUGUUUGAAUAUAAAAGUU